UGGUUUUUCGUCUGCUUGGGUCCGAGCACAUCAAAUCUGACGUUUAAAAAUGGCUGCCCUUAUGUGGAGAGGUGAAAUGGGACGGUUUCACAGGACAAACUUGUUAAAACUCUGCACUGAAGUUUUUGCUUCCCAAUCGUCUAGGUACUUCGGAACAAAGGUCAACCAGCCCGAAUUCGGACUGCUCUUUGACAUUGAUGGAGUUAUUGUGCGGGGCAAGAAGGUCAUUCAGUCUGUGCCUGAAUCAUUCCAAAAAUUGGUCGAUAAAAAUGGAGUGUUCAGGGUGCCCACUGUCUUUGUCACUAAUGCUGGCAAUGCCCUCAGACACGAACGAGCGAUUCAGCUUACCAAGUGGCUUGGGGUUGAGGUGUCAGAAGAUCAGGUAGUGAUGGCUCAUUCACCUCUACGAAUGUUCCAACAGUUCCAUGACAAGCGGGUUCUUGUCUCUGGCCAAGGUCCUGUGGCAGAUAUAGCCAGAAAUGUGGGCUUCCACAACAUUGUUACCAUAGAUGAACUUAGGACAACGUUCCCCACUCUGGAUGCUGUGGAUCAUGCUCGUCGCUCAUCUGGUGCUGGCCCUCAUGAACGGUCAUUUGUACCUGUGGAGGCAGUAGUUCUUUUUGGAGAGCCUGUGAGGUGGGAAACUUCGCUCCAGCUAAUCUUGGAUGUUCUGAUGGCCAAUGGGCAGCCAUCAACAGCUCCUCCAGGGAUUAUUUACCCUCACAUACCUGUACUGGCUUGUAAUAUGGAUUUACAGUGGAUGGCUGAAGCCUGUAUGCCAAGGUUUGGCCAUGGUGCUUUCUUGCUGUGUUUAGAGGCUUUGUACAAAAAAAUAACAGGGAAAGAUCUUAUAUACACAGCUUUGAUUGGAAAACCUAGUGAAAUUACUUAUCACCAUGCUCAUCACGUUGUGCUUUCUCAAGCACAGUCUAUUGGAGUUAAUCAUCAUUUGAAGAGGCUCUAUGCUAUUGGUGACAACAUUAACACUGAUGUUUUUGGAGCAAACCUCUACAACCAAUAUCUCUCUCAACGCAAAGCAAGUGGUCGAAUGAAACAAGUUGCACGGACUCGUACUAUUGAGCAUCUUCUUCAAGCUGACCCUAGUGAUUGGGACAUGGGGGCAGAGAGUUGCUUCAGUAUUCUUGUGGAGACUGGUGUUUAUUCUGUUGACCGAGAGGAAAGUUUGCUGGAUCACUCACCAAGAGACUUCCUUCCAGUUGAAGAAAAGCUGAGAGAACCCAAUUUCACUGUCGAGAAUGUAUCAAAGGCCAUUGAUUUAGUCUUCAAACAAGAAUCUUUCCAGUAGAGUGUUCCAAACUUUUCCUGCAAUAUGCAGCAUAAAACCUACCUGAGUUUUUGUUCCCGUGAGCUUUAGCUGUAAAAUGAAGUAAAUUCUUAGUGAAUGUUUUCUGUUAACUUGUGCAGAUGGAACAUAAAUCCUCCAAAAUUGCGCUGGAAGUUGUCUAUAUUCAGAAGGACAUUGAAAGAAUAACUUGGUCUAAUUUCAUUGAAAGGCCGUUCUCAAAUAAGACGGCUUAGUCAUGCCAAAUUCUGGUAAAACUAUGGCAAUAGAGGUCUUUCAUUUUAAAAUUUUUUGAAUCGUCAUAUCUUAAAGAAAAUGUAUGCUGGCAACUUGCCUGGUAAUCUAAGUCUUUUUAUGGAAGUGUUAUGUUAAUUAUCGAUUUUCAGAGGGUCGUUUAUACUAAUUUAGAGUUUAAAUUAGUGUUUUUAUUCCUCAAAGAGAUUAGCUGAAAUUUGCCUGAAAUGUAGAUUGAUGGUCAAGAAAAUUGCAAAAUUUCAAUACUCUUAACAAUACUUUAUAUUUUUUGCAAAGCAAAGAGCACAUGAAUUUACAAAUUGUCAUAGUAAGUGGUAACUGAUUUUGUCAGGUUUUCUGAACUCAAGAUACAUAAUUUGUUUGUGCUCGCUUAAAAUUUUUUUUGUUUUGUUUUUUAGAAGGUGUUCUAUCUACAUUUUCCCUCUUAGUGCCAAAUUUAAUAGGUAGACAAUUAUGUUUAUUCUCUGUUUUAGCCCUGGGUCCAAAAACAUAACAUGAUACUGUAUCAUUAUUUUUAGUGAAAUUAUCUAACCCUGUGUUUUAGAAAUGUUGUAGUGCCUGUAAAAUUUUAUUGUUUUUAACAAUGAUUCAUCUGUGAUUAUUCUAAAUAUGCUGAAGCUCAAGGUUUGGUCUGUUUGAAAUUUUAAUAAUUCUGAAUGCCCCCCCCCCCCCCCCCUGGAUGAAGGGCCUGCAAUUGUUAUCAUUAUUUGUACUUUACAUGAGAUGAACAAUUAAGACAUAUUCCUCCAUUCAUUAACUAGACAUUUGCCGCCUCGUUGACUAUCCCGUCCUAUCAGUAAUUGUAGUCCCCACUUUCAGAUAAUGAUUAGUUAUCAAGGAAAGCCAUUAAAACAUUUCCCCCAACUUCUGUUCAGUUUUUCAGACAAUGAUUUGGUAGUUUUUAAAUGUGGUGGGUCAGGACAAUACUAGAGGACUGUUCAGGACCUCAUGUGGAGCUGUGAGCUGUGGACAAAAAUGUGAUAUAGAGAUAUUAAGUGUGGUGCAAACUCUUAACGAUGGCAAGAGGGCAUAGUUGGAUUCUUUUUCUCAUUAAUUUCAGUAUCCUAUGUGCUUUCUUUUUUAUUUGUUUCAUUAUUGAUUUGUUAACUGAUGUAAUGAGUUUAAGUGGACGAAAUAUGACAAUAGUUUUGCUUCAGGA